AUGGCGACGGUACCGACCCUCCUCCCCAGCGUGGGCGUGGCUCUGGACGGGUUACAGCCGGCUCCGCUGGGACGCCCUCGGAGACCAGAGAGGAUAAAAGCGCUGUGGAUGUCGGCUCCUCAGACUCCAACACCUCUGAAGAUCCACAGCAACAAGAGCCAUAGCGAGGUGUCGGUCUGUUCCAGCUUGAUGAUGAAUCUGACGUGGGAGGAGCGAAGUGGCGAUCCCGACAGCCAACAGUCCAGCAGCUCUGAGGUGCAGGGGGAGAGUCUGCUGAGCACCCUCGUGCAGGUCCAGAGGGAGUCCAGCUCCGUCUCACAGGAUCAGGAUCAGUCUGGAUCUGCUUCCCAUGUCCAGAGAGAGUCUGGAUCUGUGUCCCAGGUCCAGAAAGAGUCUGGUUCUGUGUCCCAGGUCCAGCGAGAGUCCGGUUCUGUGUCCCAGGUCCAGAGAGAGUCUGGAUCUGUGUCCCAGGUCCAGAGAGAGUCUGGUUCUGUGUCCCAGAUCCAGAGAGAGUCUGGAUCUGUGUCCCAGGUCCAGAGGGAGUCCGGUUCUGCCCCGGGCUGUGACGAGUUUGGCUGCUUCCCAUUGGACGGACAGUUGGAGGUGUAUUGGUGUCAGCAGCCAGUCGGUUACCUGCACUCUCCUGAAUGUCCCGCAUACCGACUGAACCCCUUCGAGAUGAGCGGCGAGCUACAGCUGGUGAUGUUUGGGAAAACGGACGACCAGAUGAGUGUUACGGAGCAGGCGCCUCCUCGUGGAGCCCUGAUCACCUCCAGCCAUCGGCAUCUCCAGCACCGGCAGCCGUGA